AUGGAUAAAUAUUCAGUAAUUGAAUAUUCUGAACUACCUAAUUUGCAAUUUAAAGAAGGUUCACAUAUUAUAUUAUAUCAUAUUCGACAACUUUUAAAACUUUUAAAGAUUGAAUCUUUUUCUUACUUUAUUAAGAAACAAGAUAACAACCAUAAUACAUUGGCUGUUCAUAUUUUUCAUAAAAAACCUAUUUGUGUCAAGGAAAAUUUUUUUAACCUUUCUUUUGAUGGAUAUGAUGUGGAUUGUCACGAAAAAGUUAAUAUAACCAUUCCAUCUCUUAGAAAACAAGGAUAUGACGUGGACUGUCAUGAAGAAAUUAAUAUAUACAUUCCAUCUCUUAGAAAUUUUAAAGACUAUUUAAGAACAACUGAUGCAAAUUUAUAUAUGACUAAUUUAAGCGACUUGAAGGAGAUUUUUCAUAAAAGGUUUUUUAUAGUAGAAGACAAAUCAUUUUCCGAAAAAAGACUUGAUUUAAUCAAAAUGAUUGGUAAUAAAUAUACUAUUGAAGACAAUUAUACAAGAAUGUUAAUUGAUGAUGAUAAAGAGUUAGAUUAUGAAAAUCGUGCUUCGUUUAAAAGAAAAAAAGAAUCAAAAACAAUGGCACGAAUCAAUGAACAGGAAAAUAAUCAAGUUGAGGUAAAUUUAGAAAAUGCUAAAUUGAAAAAGGAGUUAGAAGAAUGUAAACAGAUUAUAAGGAAGUUCAGUGAACAAAAUGCGGAACUCAUAUGUAAAAAUAAACUAUUGGAAGAUGAGUUAAGUGUUCUUGAACCAAGGGAUUCCAAUUAUCAGAAAGGACAUCAGUUCGAAACUACUAUUUCGAAAAUACUUAAUGAUAACGGAAUUCGAACUAAUAAGAUUUGUCUUCGUCGUGGAGAUGGUGGAUUGGAUAUUAUUGCUACAUUUAAAGGUCAAAUUAUUAUUAUUCAGUGCAAGAAUUGGGAGCGUCCUAUUGGUGUUCGUGACUUGAGGGAUUUCGAGGCUUCUAUUGAUCCUUUUGUUGAAAAUAAUGUAUUAUUUUUUAUGGUUUAUAAUAGCAAAAAGCUUAACCAUCCUUUGACAAAAGAAGCGAAAGUUUGGAAUGAAACAUCCCGUUUUGACGUCAAGUUUACGAAUGAACGAGAGAUUGUUAAUUGUAUUAAGAAUGUGAAUCAAGAUAACCAAUAUGGUAUUAAAAAAUAUUUGGUUAGCAGGGUUGCCCAAUAG